CUGCGUUUAAGUUUGAGAGAUCCUCCUCAGUCAAAUUUGUGAUAUUGAAUUCCUGCAGGAAUUCAAUGUCACAAUUUUGCUUUCCUAAAUAGGAUAUGACUUUUGUACGUUUUACUGAGCUAUGUAACAUUCCUAAAAAUUGCUUUCAACAUGAAUGAGUUGUCCAGUAUCUAAUUCAGUUGAAAUUAUACCACACCAUUUUACACUGUUUAAUUUGCUUGUAAUGCUUCUCUAGGUCUACUGUACAUGCUGUUGAAACAUGUGGUUGACAAGCACAAUCUAUAUUUUGCGUACCUGCCAGCCAAACUCGAUAGGAAGAUCCACUAUGGGGCUGUAAACCAGGCAUUGGCCGCACCAAUCAUCUGCCUCUUCUGGCUCUACUUUUUCUCAGUCCUGAAGACAGGAUUUCUGGCAAUAACUUCCCUUUUCACCCUCAUAGUUCUGUGCAUCACCAUUUUUAUUUGUUUAACUUCUACCUGCUUUGGACACUUCAAGUAUCUGAGUCCACAUAAUUACAAGAUUAAGGAAAACUUGGAUGAAACGGACAAUGUUGCAGCAGGGAUUUUUGAAUCUGCAAUGUAUGUGCCAAAGGUUCUGCAAACCCCACAGAAUGAGUCAACUCCCUUGGAUCACAAAGGUCAGCAGUCAUACGGAACUGUGGAGGACAACAUCCAAACAGCAGAGGACUUGGACAAAAUCUACUUGGUAGAGUAAGGAGGCACGGACUCCUGUGGCUCAGCUGGGCAUUUACCUACAGUGGACAGUAGAUGUCGAAACUGCACUUUUUGUAUGCCAAAGAAAGAAUUCAGGAUUUAACAUUACAAGUACAAGUUUCAUAUAAUUUGUGUCCAAAAGAUAGGAAAGUGAAAUGUAUUUCUCUGAAAAAUGGUUCCCUUUUCUGCAUCAAAAAGCAGCAUUUUUAUAUUGGUAUAACAGUUUUUGUUACAAUUUUUCUGACCACACUGCAAGAUGCACAACCAGCAUUGGAGCACAAGAGCAGACAAAGAUAUAAUCCAUGGGUAGAAUGGUACUCUGAGAUGGUAACAGUAUCAAUGUGCCACGGUACCAUAUCCAUACCAUUGUGCUACAGCACCAUGACCUUGUGAAACAUUUAUUCCAUUGUAUUGCAAAUGCGGUGGUGAUGUCUCUCUUAAAGGUUUCUUCCUGACAAUAACUGCUGUUAUAUAGGGGAGCAGUCACAGGGAGAUACAGUUUUGGACUAUUUAUGAGAUAUGUGACCAUAAUUUGAUUAUUGAUUUAGAAUACUUAUUUAGAAUAAAUGGACAGACUCAAAGUUUAUCACAUUUCCGACCUAUAAAAAUAAACUGUUGACAUAAUUGUAAAGGGACCAGUGCAGUAACUAAUGAUUUCAAUCUCAAUCUCGUGGGAAAUCUAGACACAUCCCUCACUCUCUUGUAUUUUCAUGGUUGUUUUUGUUUGGGAGUCAACUUUCUUGAAAUGACAUCAGCAUAGGGAGUAGAAGUAUGGUACAGUGCCAUUCCACAUUCAAGUUUCUUUUCGUAAUAACUCAUGGACCAAGUUGUAAUCCAUUGAUAAACUUGUUACAAUACAGAACCGCGCUGUGUAUUGUAACAAUGUACAGGGAAACACUAUAUUAAACCAUUAGAUCCGAGUGCAUUUUUAUUGCAUCUAGUGAAAAGGGAAUGUGUUGUGGUCUGACCCAGGAUACAAUAAAUUAAAAAUAAAUAAAUAAAUAAAUAAAAUUGAAUAAAGAGCUGAAUAAGUAAAUAAUGCACACCCUACUGACUGAAUGUUUGGCUAUAGAGUUGCUUAAAAUUGUGUACAAAAAAAGUUCAACUGUUUUGUAUUUAUUUUUUGAAAAUGUGUUCAUGUCAACAUUUAACAAGGUGUUGUUUUGUGCUGUGCCACUUUAACAGUACAGAUGUGCCAUUUUGCCAAUUGAAUCAGUUUUAAAGCCAUAUUGCCUAGCCAUGUUUCUCAUACAUUGCUACCCAAGAGGUAGUUAGCUGUGCAUCAAAUGGUUAUUUUCUCUUAAGGGUAUAUUGAUAACUCAAUUUGAAUAAAUAUGAAGACAUUUGCACAAAUUUACAUUUUUAAAAAAGGCCUUUUGAUUUUCAUCCUUUUAUUUUAAUUGUAUAAUGCACUGCUUCUAAGGGGCCACAAAAAUAUUGUGUCAAUAAUAAAGACCCAACAAGUCCAUUGCCACAGAUGAGACUUUAUUGUCAUUAAAGCAUAGGUUUUAUCAGCUCAACAUAUGAGGAACAUUUUGUUUGCUUAUUAAAAAUAAGUCUCUUCAACCACUCCACAUUAGAGGGACAAAGUACUUUUUAGUAAUGUAUUUGCAAUCUAGAUUGCUGCAGUUCUAACAAUAAUACAAACACAUUUUAACUUCUCUUUGCUGUAAUACUAUUUAAUCACAAGAGGGCAGUGUGUCCCUGUGAAUCCAUAAUUAUACAUAAUUUAUAAUUCACCUAUUGUAUUGCCUUUCCCCUUACAUUGACAUCCGGACUGUUUCUAUAUACAUUUGUAAAAUAUGAUUUUGUAUUUCUGUAUAUAUUAUUAAUCAUGAAGGAAUACCCUAAUACCCUAAUUACAUUAAUCUCCAGAAAUAUGACUUUUGCCACGAUGUCAGGUUCAUAAGAAGUUUGUUAUGUAGACCUAUACCUUUUGAAAAAGUAUUUUUUUAAAGUUCUAUUAUAAAAGUAGUGUGUGUCUUGGUAAUUGAAGACCUGCAGCUUGUGGCUGUCAGGAUGACACAAAUCUUGAACUGUUACCUAAAAAUUACAGGGCUGACUAAUGGGAAUGUACUGUAUUCAUUCGCUGUAUAUGUUGGCUAGAUAAGCCACAGCAAGGAACCAACUGGGAAAAAGCAGUUUCUUUCAAUCUGGGAUAUUAAUAAUGCAUUUUGUAACUGUAUAACCCCUGAUGUUUCCUUGGGGGCGAUUACCCCAAUUCUAUAGCUGUCUGGAGCACAAACAAUAUAUCAACAUUAAAAAAUACUUUACAUUUUAAUGAAAAAGGAGACCACUGUGCAAGAAUGCUGAAAAAACAAAAUAAUAAAAGAAUGUCUUCCCCCUUUCACAGCCUCUUAUUGUUGAAAAAAAAAACAAUGUAACCAGCGAUGCAGCAGACACCAAGACCAGAACAUGACAUUUCAGCCACUACUGGUUGUUCAACAGUUAAAAAUUGAUAGAGAUCAGGCGGCAUUCGAGUAUGAUUACAAUGGACGGGUAACCGGUUUCUCAUGUACUCCUAGUAUCAUACCUAUCCUUUAUAUAAUUGUUAUUUAAGGUAACAUUCUACCUUGUCCUUUUAACUAACCUUUGUAUACUGUGAUCACUACCAGAUGUAAAUCUAGCUGCUUAAAUGUAUUAAAACCAGUAUCGGUCUGGUGUUUGUUGAAAACGUGUAAUAUGACUCAACUCCAGUGAACAAAUCUGCCUCCUACUCACCUUUUUGAUUAAUGUCAAUGCAUGCACAAAAUUUAAUUUGCACCCAAGUGAUAGGUUUACCAUGGUCUCCAUCUCAGGGUAGCCCACCCACAGACCCAGACCUAGAAUUUGAUCACAAACACCUGCACGGUGUACGUUUUAAUGGGAAAGGACAAACUCCUAUAUGCUCAUGUGUUUGUGACAGAUCAAGACAAGGUUGGUGUAAGUUUGACCUAGAUAAUUGAAGCAUGACUGGCUGGUGAAACAGUAGAGUCUGGUCUAAUGAAAAUUUAAAUGAAGUUGCAAUAGCUGGGCAUGGUUUAUAUAGCACACAUUUGGUUGAAGCUUUUAGGGGAGUUGUUUUUUUAACAUAGGCCUGUUUGC